UGCCAAAAAUUGUACAAAUAUUCAAAUAUUGUAUUAUAAUACUGAGGGAGGUUAUGUUAUGAAAAUAUAAAUUAAAUUGAAUUGCCAUUUCCUCAGUAAGAAUAUACUUAAAUUCUUGUUAUAGUAAAUUAAAUAUCUGUUACGAAGUGCGAAAAGUGAAAACAGCAAAAAGAGGAACUUAAGCAAAUUAACCAUGUAUUUGAGAUAUUAUUUGAACGAAAAAGGUGAUCGUGAAUACACAUUAGCCACAAUUGAUCCACAUGGAAAACCAACAUUAUCUGCCCAUCCAGCUCGCUUUUCACCAGAAGACAAAUACUCCAGACAAAGAAUUACUAUAAAGAAGAGAUUUGGCUUACUAUUGACACAGCAACCAGAACCUAUACACUAGUUUAGAAUUUAAUUCAGGAAAUAAAUUUUUUGUGACGGUAUAAA